AUUUUUUAUAUAUUUCAUUGACCAAAACUGUGUAUUGAAAUAUUCAAAAUACUGUUUCUGACAAUUCUAUUUAUUUAUAAUAAUAAAUUACUUAAAAAAAUAAAAACAAAUGUCAAAGCAAAACUGCUUAUUACCUCGCUUAAUAUUGAUCGCUUGCGGUUCCUUCAGUCCAACGACGUUAAUGCAUCUGCGUAUGUUUGAGAUUGCGAGAAAUCACUUAAUGGAGCGUGGUGCCUUUAAGGUAAUCGGUGGCAUAAUGUCACCGGUACAUGAUGCGCAACGGAAGCAAGGACUGGUGGCAGGUGUGCACAGAUUGGCUAUGCUGAGAUUGGCGCUGCGCACUUCUAAUUGGAUACGAGUCUCCGACUGGGAGUUGCAGCAGCCGCAAUGGACGUCAACAGUGGAUGUGCUAAAAUAUCACAAGGACUGCAUAAACAAUGUGUUGAAAGAUAAGGCGGAAGGAAAGCGAAAUAUUGUAUUGCCGCAUUGGCUGCCAGCUGAAGUGACGGAGCGCACAGAGGAAGUGCAUUUGAAGUUUUUGGCAGGUGCUGAUCUGUUGGAGACAUUUGCUGAUCCACAGUUGUGGACGAAUGCGGAGGUCGAAGGUAUGUGCAGCUAUGGCUUGGUGAUAGUUUCACGCUUUGGUUCGGAAAUUGAGAAGUUUAUUUUCGAAUCCGACAUACUCUCGAAAUACAGUCGCAAUAUUGAGUUGGUUACUAAUUGGUCUACAAAUAAUAUGAGCUCUACGUAUAUUCGCCGUUUAUUAAAACGUGACAAAUCUGUGAAAUACCUUAUCGAUGAUGAUGUCAUUGAAUAUAUAAGGAAAUAUAAUUUAUACAAUUGUUAAAGAAAUGCAAGGAAUUCAUUUACCUUUUGGCAUUACUAACAUUCUCAACCUCCUAUCCCCAAAUGGGUUAUAUCCGUUAUAUUCAUACCCAUAUUAUUGACCUCAACUGGGAUGACUUUCCGGGUCUAUUUCGAUGACAACGGCCGCUUCAAGAGUGGCUCCUAUGUUACGAGUAUUUGAGUCUUGGAACCAGGAUAAAGUCUUCGGCAGCCAAAUCUGCAGAACGAACCUUCCGACUGAAGGCAUUAUAUUUGUACAAACUCUGAUAUAAGACUAUGAGACGAAGCACUGCGUACCAAAUAGAUAUCGAGGAAAAUGUGAUAAGUUUAACAAUAAGAUCUGAUAAGGCUGUCUACUACUGAUUUCUGACCUUUCUUAAGUUUUAUAGUUUUGAAAAACUCCACAUAAACGUCAAAGCAGACAUCUUUCUUCCUGAGGGAUUUUGAAAGGGUUUUCUAUGGAAUCUGCGAUAAGGUAAUAUCCAUGAGGUCUGUACCGAUCAUAUAGUCCUUUUUGAUGUUCGCUAUAUGUUGAUCUUGAAACCUUGGAUCAGUUGUAUAACCUGUACUUGGGUGAUGUACUAAAUUAGGACCUUGGAUCUCCGAGCAAACCAGGUGAACUAGCUGGAAUCGAAAUUAAUCGGCUAAACAGAUAUAUCCAAUCCAAUUUUAGCUCUUGUGACCCCAUAUACCUUAGUAGUGAAGAUGUUUUAGUGGGUUAUCUUCUCAAAAAUUGCGUUUUAAAAAUCUCUUUUUAAGUCAUCUUUAGAAGCUAUCUCUGGAGGAAGAAGAGGUAUUCUCGGACUGAACUCGAUCGUCUUCAACCUUCCCCAUACCCUCAACAUUAAUAUUUUCAAUCUCUAAUUAUAUAGUCAUCACUGUAAGCGACUGUUGUACGUUUACCCUUGAAUCAUAAAGUCCGUCAGCCAAGUGUGGCCAUCAGUAAAUCCUUGCAAACGAGUAUAUUGCUGCAGCAUGAGUGUCUGUUGUUGGUGUUGAUAUUUAUGUGCUUCGUCUGCAGUGCGGUAGUGGACGUUGUUCAUUUAUUUCAUACACACAUGCACACAAACUGAUCUGUUGUAAAGUGCAGUUAUAUGCCGCCGAUUUCACCGGCUACAAAGCACAUUGGCAGGCAAGGAUUUUGCAUAAGUCAUAAAUAUUUACUCUCGCAUGCAUAUGCAAAUGAGAAAGGUAAAUUACAGACACGAGAGUUGAAAAAAAAAAAAAUAAAAAUGUGUGAAUAUUUAUUAACUGGCUGCAGAAUUAUAGUGACAGCAAGCAUUUUUUAAUCAGGCGACAGCUUUAAGCUGUUUUUAUGCAACCUUAAUUCAAUGUCGCUUUAUUUUAAAUAACAGGGUGACGCACUUUCGCAGUUAUUUGCGUGGAAUUGGCACUUUAAUUAACAUUUCAAAAGGAAUAUUACGCGCGUUAAAAAAAGGCACUCUUUCAUUAUAUUAAUACCUGCGCGCCCACUUAAAAAGCGAUGAAGUCCGCCAACGCUGCGGUCCGUUAUAUGCCGUUUUUUGUAUCCACAUACACUCGCGUUAAUAAAAAGUGCAGUCCGCGCGUAAGCCAUAAGAACUGUUGUGCAUGACUUCUUUGCAACAGCUAUAGUUUGCAGCCAUUGACGUCAGCAGCAACGGCAUAAUGGCGCUGGCAGUUGCAACAUCCGUCAUCCGCAAUUUGCAUACAGGUAGCGGAGUGUGCAUAAAUUCAAUGGAACCCGGUUGGCGACUCAACGCGACUCAGCGGGUUGUCCUAAUUAAUUAAUGAACGACUGAGCGUUCUACACGAUAUUUGAUUUGACAAACUUGCAACAUGUUGCACACA